UCUUCGAAGGGUUUCUCAGUUUCUUCAGCUGUUUUCUAUCAGAUGAGCAAGUAACGACGAUGUUCUCCAAAUCCCGUGCAUCUUCAUGGUCCCGUCUCCUUGUCUACAGAAAUCAUCUCCGAAACCCUAGUAUUGCUGGUCCCGCUGGCGUUGUUGCUAACCCUCCAUCACCGUCGCUAUUUUCCCGGAAUUUCUCCGUUUCCCCGCAUUUUCCCAGAAAUCUGAUUCCAUGGAACGCGCCGCAGAGAUCUCGUUUCUCCACAUCCUCCCGAAUGUCGCGGGCGGAAGCUGCGAGAGCUUUGAAUGAUCUUCGAAUGGAUAUAGAGAAGGACAGGGAGCGUGAGAGGCAGGAAAGGAGAAGACAAGGGUUGGAUACCAAAGACAUUGAUGCGGAAGAUGAAGAAGAUUACUUGGGUAUUGGACCCUUUAUCGAGAAGCUUGAGAAACUGAAUGCGAAGGAAACUGGUGAUUUAAACAGGUACGAGGAGCCGACGGAUUCGGACAGUGAAUUCGAAGAAAUUGAUUGGGAUGCCGAGAGGAAGAAAGAUGAAAUCUUUAAGAAGAAGCACCAGAGACACAAGGAUCUGCUUCAGGGCUUAGCCGAUUGCGAGACGCUUGAUGAGGCCUCUAAGUGGAUGAACAAAAUAGACAAAUUUGAGGAGAAACAUUUCAAAAUCCGAGCAGAAUACAGGGUUAUUGGAGAGCUGAUGAACCGGUUGAAGGUGCUGGAAGGAAAAGAGAAGUUCAUUCUCCAGCAGAAACUAAACAGGGCGAUGAAGUUGGUGGAGUGGAAAGAGUCCUUUGAUCCUAACAACCCAUUCAAUUAUGGAGUCAUCGAACGUGAGAAUGCGGUUUCAGGUGCCCGUGGUGAAAAAACUGAGAAAGAAAAGGAACAGUUGUUUGUAGAAGAUAGGGAUAAGGAUGAUGAUGAUGGUAAGGACGAGGAUGAGGAGUUUGAUGAUAUGAAAGAGAGGGAUGAUAUGCUAUUGGAGAAGCUCAAUGCAAUCGACAAGAAACUUGAACAGAAGCUUGCUGAACUUGAACAUACUUUUGGGAAGAAAGGGAAACUGUUGGAAGAAGAGAUUAGAGAUCUAGCAGAAGAGAGAAAUGCUUUGACGGAAAAGACAAGACAGCCCUUUUACAGAAAAGGCUUUGACGUCAGAACAAUAGAUGUAAACAGAGUCUGUAAAGUCACAAAGGGUGGCAGAAAGGAAAGAUACACUGCCUUGAUGGUUUGUGGGAACUAUGAAGGCGUUAUUGGCUAUGCAAAAGCAAAAGCCGACACUGCCCAGGCUGCAAUGCAGAAGGCAUAUGAGAAAUGCUUCCAAAAUCUUCAUUACAUAGAGCGUCACGAGGAGCACACUAUAGCACAUGCAAUACAGACUUCGUACAAGAAAACCAAGCUGUAUCUGUGGCCUGCACCAACUAGAACAGGGAUGGCAGCGGGAAGAAUCGUUAAAACAAUCUUGAAUCUAGCCGGUUUCAAGAACAUCAAAUCAAAGGUCAUUGGUUCAAGAAACCCAUACAACACCGUUAAAGCCGUCUUGAAAGCUUUGAACGCUAUCGAAACGCCAAAGGAUGUUCAGGAGAAGCUUGGCAGGACCGUUGUGGAGAAGUACCUGCUUUGAAAAAAUGCCCCACAUGGCCAUUACCAGGAUUUGUUCCGACAUUGCCUGGUAUGCUUUCCUGUUCAGGAUAAAGAUGUUCUCUGUUUUGUUAGAUAGAGAUAGAGAAGAAGUUUCUCUAGCUUUUGUUACAAAGUUGAAACCUUUCUGAUUUUUUAGGUGAAGUUAUUGGAGGAAAGAAAGAAACUUUGAAGCGAAAAAUGGUUAUCAAAUAAAAAAAAAAGUUUCGUCCAUAUGGUUUCGGCUUUGUUGUUCUUUGAAUGAACUUGGGCUUGAGGAGUGCAUUAGUCUUAUUUCUUCUACGAUGGUUGUUUGUUUCUGGGGUGACUUAAUCGGUUUCGGUUCGAAUUCAGUUUGGUUAUAUUCGGGUUUGGUUAUUCCAGUUUUAGAAAAAUUAUAAC